AUGCUAAUUGAAAACAUAUUUCAGAAGGAAUUCUGCAACAAAUACUAUCUGGCCACUCAUCGUGCUGCGAAACACGGACCAUCAAAUCUAAUGCUAUCGUCGCAAUCGGGUGUUGAUCUGUCAGCGUUGAGUCGUGGUGGAGGAGGCGGUGAUGUCCCAUCAAGUAUGGACAUCCAACAGCUGAUGGUUGGAUUGGAUCAGUCUGCUCUGUCCGGAAACAACCCGCUCCGGAGUCUGUAUCUCUCCCAGAUGGGUAUGGGUGGCGGAAGUCCUUCCCCGUCAAGUCUACCAUCGUCAGGUUCGGCGUCAAUCACUGGCGGAGGACAAGAUGCUGGACCGGAGCCAUCUCCAAAGGCAACAACGCCACCCACGACGCAAUCGGACAACUCGUCCGGUGGUGGAGGUGGGCUGCCAAACUGGUUCACAGGAUUGUUGCCGCCACAGAUCCAGCAGCAAGGGCUAUCAUCAAAUAUGAAUUCACUUUUGGAGCAAAUGCAAGCUAUGCAAAAUCUGCAGCUGUUUGGUGGUAACAUGGGUAGCAACAUGGGCGCCUUAGCAGCAGCUCUGGCCCAAAAUCCAGCAACCGCGGCAGCAUUUCUGGCAAACACACCCAAUAAGCCGAAAGAAAAGCUGUUCACAACGAGUCGAUGUGAUGUGGGCAAUGUGGUGUUAGCUCAAAAAAAGUUACGCUUCGAAGAUUGA